AUGGCGCCGGACAAUGAGCAUGGCCACCAGCCGUCCAAGCGCCGCAAGGUUCGCGAAUCAUGCAAGAUAUGCCGAGCCAAGAAGACGCGGUGCGAUGGCCAGCGUCCGGUCUGUUCCCCGUGCGUGGCAAAGGGUGCUGCGUGUGAAUACGACGACAUGACCGUCCCCGCGUCUUCCAACACAUUGGCGGAUAUCGAGGCCCGCUUGCAACAUCUAGAGCGUCAAUCUACAGCCCCCUGGCAAAGUCCACGCAACGCGGCAGAAGACCAAGGCCGAGACAAUGACUCGACAUUUGCAGACAAUCCAACGACACAGUUUCUUUCCGACAUGACGCAAGUUGCCAGCCUCCAAUCCUCCGCAUCUUUGGAUCAUGCGUCAAUCCGGCGCAGGAGCGGCGCCUGGCUUGUCGAGACGGACACAUCGUCCAUGGUGGUCCCGAGAAGAGCUACCGCAGACGAACUGAUUGACUGUUAUGAGCGAUUUGUAUACCCCCUUUUCCCUAUUCUACAUUUGCCGAGUUUUAGAGCAAGCUACAUGUGCCUUUGGGAACCAGAGAGGCCGGGCCCGUGGGAGACUUUGGCCAUGGAAGCGACCUUUUAUGCGACGCUCAAUAUCGUCUUUGCUUUGGGUUGCAUCAACAACUCCAACGUCGAGCCGCAUCUGAAAUUGCGGACUGCUGAAAGCUUCUACCGCCGAGCUCGAACUCUGCUGCCUCUCGACGCCCUCGACAGCCCAAGCUUGGAAGUAGUGCAAUACCUUCUUCUCACCACACACUACCUGAGCUUCACCAAGUAUUCACAUCGAUGCGGCAAUACACUGGCAGUGGCGAUCCGGGUUUCCCAAACUCUGGGUCUGCAUGUUGAUAAGGAAUCCUCGUCCAAGAGUCAACUGCGGCGAGAGAUGAGUAGGCGGGUAUGGCAUCUCUGCAUUACCAUGGAAAGGUUACUGUCAAGUCUGUUUGGAUGGAGGGCCCUAACUCAACUCCACGGCAAAGUCCCUCUUCCCAGUGCCAUUGAUGAUGAGUAUCUCUUAGAAGACGGAGACGGCGUCCAGCCCCCGGCGAGACCUUCGCUUCUCGACUCCUUCAUCGCAACGAUCAAGAUAUUCGACGUAUUUCACCGUGCUCCAGACAUCAAUGACGGCUAUUUUGCCCGUGCGCUCUGUUUACCCGAACUUGCCCAAGUCUUGCAGCUGAACCAGGAGCUGGACCGAAUCGACGCCAACCUGCCAGCUCACCUGCGAUCCGACAACCACGAGAAGCCAAGCACACGGCGUGGCCGGGCACUAAGCCUGCAGGCAGUCGCGGUCAAAAUCAGAAUCCUGCACACGCGCCUCGUGCUCCUCCGGCCCAAUAUGCUGGCCACGGCUCGGCGAACAAUCCUCGCGCCGGCGUUCGAUGCGCCUCCGUCGCGUGCAGAAGCCACCUUGGGGAUUGAGGUGUCCACCAUUUGCGUCCAGGCGGCGCUGUCGGCGAUCGACUUGCUUCAUGAGAAUCUGCAGUCGUGCUGCCGCAUUUUCAGCUCGACCGCGGUAUACGUGACGCUGUCUGCGGCAACGGUGAUUAUCGCUUCCACGCUGGUGCCAGAGCUGGGGGUCGGUCUGGAGGAUGGUGCCGGGCCUCAUGGGCAGGCCGUGGCGAAUGCCUUCCAGGUGCUGGACGAGCAUCGGUGGCAGAUAGAAGGGGCGCCCAGGGCCAGGGGCCAACUGGGGAGAUUCCUGGAAACGGUGAAUAAGGAGAAGAGGCGCCAGAGUGGAGUGGAUCACGACUUGAGUGCCAUUCUUGGUCCGAAUGCCGCGGAUGUGGAAUUUGGGACAGAGGGUACCUUUGAUGAAGUCGACUUUAGCAAUCCUCUCUGGAACUUCCAGCUUUGGGAUCUGGUUUAG